AUGCCCGCUAUAUCCAGCGAUGGUGCCGUUCCUGCCAUUCCUGCCGGGGCCGACUCUUCCGCUGACCGCCUACCACGGAAAUCUCACGAAAAGACCCUGAAAGGUGUCUUCGCGGUCACGAACGGCACCGGGCCAGAUCGCGGACUUCCAGAACACAAGCCUGACCCGUUCAAAGCUCUGAAUGGUCUGAAGAACGGCAGUUUCCACUCAUUGCCCAUUGGAACACCACCCGGGAGCGCAAAUGGUGGGAGAGAAAGGUCGCAUUCAAAAGCUGGCAGCACACGCUCGAUAGGAAGCGCCAGAGGACGCCUCGCUGAAGUGGGAAGAUUGUCAUUGCAGGAGGAGCGGCAUCAGAGAACUCCUGUGCAGGAAUACCUACCAAGAGGCCAUGUUAAUGGGGUUCAUGGAGAUAUUACCAAAACACCAUCGAAGCAGAGACAGGAAGGGCAUGGUGAAUACUUCCCUCCAAUUGACAGUCGCCCGCAAGACGAGACAUCGGCUGCACAUUCGACUGUUCUCGCGCACCAGGAUGCUCCCGACUCCAUCACAAAUCAGCUUCCACCCAACCGUUUCUCUUCUCCGCCGGGAAUAUUUACUUCCAUUAGCCAGGACGCAUCAUCGGCCGCUCUCCCACGAUUAGCACAUAGACAUACACUUACGAUACCCAAAUCCUCGACCACGAACACUCGACCCUCCCGCGAUUUCUCUUUCAAUGCUGCCCAACCAGAAGAUGCGAUCUCGGCCGCAGGACGAACAUCACCAGUCGCUACGGAUCAACCUCGAAAUCGACGCGCAUCUCUGGGGCUAGCGAGACGCACCACAAAACCUCUACCAUCCGAUUCCCAUCCAGAUGAAUAUCCUCCAGACGAAGAUGCAAUGCGAUGGACGGAAGCGAUACGCCAGAAAAGAGCAAGUAGACGGAAGCGAAAAGAGGAGGAAGACGAUGAUCGUGUUAUAGUCGGCACGAAGGUUGAUCAAGGCCACGUGAACUGGGUAACGGCCUACAACAUGCUAACAGGAAUCCGCUUCACUGUCUCACGUACCAAUGCUAAGAUGGACCGAGAACUGACAGAAGCGGAUUUUGAUGCGCGGCAUAAGUUCUCCUUCGACAUUACUGGCAAUGAGUUGACUCCUUCGGCCAAGUACGAUUUCAAAUUCAAGGACUACGCUCCUUGGGUUUUCAGACACCUUCGCUCAAUUUUCGGGCUUGAUCCAGCUGAUUACCUUAUGUCACUGACUUCCAAAUACAUUCUCUCUGAGCUCGGAUCUCCUGGCAAAUCCGGAUCGUUCUUCUAUUUCUCCCGGGACUACAAGUAUAUCAUCAAAACAAUACACCAUGCCGAACAUAAGCUGCUCCGGAAGAUCCUACGAGAGUACUACAAACAUGUGAUUGACAACCCAGAUACAUUGAUCAGCCAAUUCUAUGGAUUACAUCGGGUAAAGAUUCCGUACGGAUGUAAGAUACACUUCGUUGUCAUGAACAAUCUGUUUCCACCACAUCGUGACAUCCACCAGAUGUUUGAUCUGAAAGGAAGCACGAUCGGGCGUGAUUUCCCAGAGGAGGAUCUGGCGAAGAACCCUCGGGCGACUCUGAAGGACCUGAACUGGUUGAGAAGAAAUCUCCACCUCGAGUUAGGGCCUGGCAAGAGGGAGGCUUUCCUUGAGCAGAUGAAGCGGGACGUCUCGUUGCUUCAGCGACUACAUAUCAUGGACUACUCAAUGCUGGUGGGCAUCCACGAUCUGGAAAAGGGGAAUGAGGAGAAUGUGCGUGAGAACAUGCUCAAGGUGUUUCAGCCUGGUGGUGAGAGGAAAGAGGGUGAUAUGACCAACAUGCUUACCCGGACGCCUUCUAGAAUGGAGAAUGCUCUGAAGGCAAAACAACUGCGCUUGACCUUGAAGAAAGAAAAGCCUGUGCCCAUGGGUAUGGUGCAGGCGAAGAUGCCGGAUGAGAUGGCGGAUGAGCGGAAAGAUAGGAUAUUCUACUCCGAUGAUGGUGGGUUCCAAGCAACACACGACAAUGGGCAGCCAGGCGAAGUCAUCUAUUACCUCGGAAUCAUUGACUGUCUUACCCACUACGGAUUUGUCAAACAUCUCGAGCAUUUCUGGAAGGGGUUAUCAAACCCAAAGAACCAGAUUUCCCCUGUCCCACCGCACGAAUAUGGAGAGCGUUUCAUCAACUUUAUCACCGGCAUAACCAUGACCGAAGAGGAAGCCGAGCGCAAGAAAGCUUCGGGAUCUGAGCAUGCAGGGCAGUCCUUUGAUCAUACUGUGUCGACAGUCGACGGUGCAACCAGAUCCAUUGACGCGGUCAGAAUGAGCAGCCACUCCGACCGACAACCACGAAGUCCUGUCGACAAAACCAUGGACAAGGCACAGAAGCAGGCGGAGAAGAGUGAAAGAAAAGGCGCCCACGAGCAAGCCAUGCCAGACCGUACCCUGGGUACGAUGAGAAGCUCCAGCACGGAUCGAACACACGGAGGGGCUGGCUCUACAUUACCUGUCGUCGAGGAGGCUGGGGAGGCCGGGUCAACGGGAGGAAGAAGCAGAAAUAGCGUAGCAGGGAACGUUGUCGAUGAGAAGGAAAGAGGCAGACCAGAGGAUGAAGCGUCCCAAGGCGGUAUCAGGAGGGUGAUCAGUAACGAGGAGCCAUUCACCGAAAAGGCUGAUGCUGACGGGUUUGCGGGCGCGCCUGUGUUACCGCCUCUCAUGACGAGCCCCGCCAUGACGGAUCCGGAGAAGAGCUUGGGUAGUGGUGGACUCGAGAUGCCGGAAGGACUUGACAUGCGGCAUGGCGUUUGA